AUGAGCACUGAAUUGAAGGCGCUGGUGAAUGCAACAAUUCCAGUUACCGUCAAUGCGUUCUUUCAAACAAGUUUUGCACCUGAUGCUUUUGUUGUCAACGAACUUCCUCUGUUUGUGGUGCUUGGAAUACUUUGCGGUAUUUUGGGAGCUAUGUAUAUAUCACUCUAUCGGAAUGUGGUGCUAUUCUUGCGAAACAACAAAUAUGCUAAGGGAUUGUUUCAAAGACAUUGGAUUGUCUACCCUAUCUUCGUCUCCUUCGCAUAUAGCAGCAUCUCGUUUCCUCACGGUCUUGGGAGGUUCUCCACAGGAAGG